AUGUCUAAACGACUGGGAUCGAAAGACCCGGAUAGGCGCUCAGUUGAUUCUCCUAUGCGAGCGGCUAGCCAGGUGGGAUCGUCAGGACAUACUGGGUCUCAAGCGCAUCGUCGUCGUCGGGCCCGUGAACCAGCCCAUACGGUUGAGCAAGAUGAGACCCGAGGAAUGUUGAAUCAGCUCCGUGCGGAAUUCACCCGAUGGCAAAAUGAGCACGCUUUAAAGCCUUCUUCUGAUCACACCGCUUCAUUGUUGCAGACUCCUUUCACGGUCGAGAUCAUGGCUCAGCCUUACCCGCUCGAUCUACGUAUUCCCGGGAACAAAGAGUACGAUGGACGGACAGACCUGAAGGUCCAUAUUAAUACUUACUACGGGAAUAUGCUGAUGAUGGGUGUGAGUGACGACGCCGUGAUGUAUCGAGCCUUUUAUUCGACGUUGUCUGGUCGAGCAGCUGAGUGGUUCAGAACGCUAGAACCAGGGUCAAUUUCUUGCUUCGCUAGCUUGGCAACCAAGUUCAACCGGAAGUUUAUAACUUCCAAAAUCGUCCGGAAACCCUAUAUGUACCUGGAAAAAGCAAAGCAGCUGGAAGGGGAGAGUUUUUCUGAUUUCUUGGUCAAAUGGAAGGCGGCCGUGGGUGAGGUCGAACCAAUGGACGACCAGACGGCUAUUCAUAUGUUACAUAUUUCUCUGAGAGCCGGGUAUUUGUACCAAGAUUUCAUACUCCACCCACCUACAACCUAUGAAGAAGCGCUUCGUCGAGUGACGGAUUAUGCCAAUGCUGGAGAAGCCAAUACCGUCAAACGGUUUCAAGAAGUCGGGUCGUCCCAGAAGCCCUCUGGUCGGUUAGAUAACCGGUCGGUCGAAGACCACCCCCAAUCCCGAGCUCGCCUGGGAGACUUCACGGCGUUGAACUGGUCAGCCGCGGAAGCUAUGCAAUAUGCCCAGUCUUGCAAUCUCAUUCGUUUUCCUCGUCCUGGACAGGAUGGGAAGGAUAUGUCGAAACAUUGUGCUUAUCAUCGAUGUGCUGGACAUGAUACGGAAGAAUGUAUAAACUUGAGACAGUUGUGGGAAGAUUUGCUCCAAGCGGGGAAGUUGGACAAAUGCGUAGGAAAGAGGGAAGAAAACAAAAGAUCAGCUUAG